AUGAAUGUCACUGCAGCAGAACUUGUUUCUUAUUUGUUGCUGCAUAACCAAGAUAUAGAAAGAGCUCACACUGCACUCGUUGAGGAUGCUAACUGGCAUGCGGGCAUCCUGCGCCAAACCCGCGAGCGGCUGCGGCGGCAGCGGGGCUCUCCUUGGUGGCUUAAUCUUCCUUUAACAUCUUCUCGUGCACUGCAGCAGCAGCAGCAGCAGCUGCGGCAGCAGCAGCAGCAGCAGCAUCAAUAUAUGAUGAUACAGAGUUCUUCUUCUUUGCUUGCUGAGGGCUCUUCUGCUGCAGCAGCAGCAGCAGCAGCAACAGCAGCAACAGCAGCAGCAGAACCUUGGUAUCCUGGUGCAGCAGAACGGGGACUUACAGCUUCUUUGGGCCCCCAUAUAAUCGGAAACCCCAGCAGCAGCAACAGCAGCAACAGCAACAGCAGCAGCAGCAGCAGCAGCAGCAGUCCCCCUCUCGGUGCAAUUGAUACUAGUUGUAUUCCUUUUUUUUAUUCUUCUUCUCUAGACGGCAUAAGAAGAAGAAGAAGGGGGAGAAACAUGCAUGCAGAACCCUCAUUAACUAUUGGAGCUGCGGGGGGGGCCCCCCUGGGGGCCCCACUGGGGGCCCCCAUGGGGGCCCCCCUAGCAGCACUUGCUGCUGCACCUAUCGGUGCAUUGGUAGAGAGGAGACCGCAGGAGAUGCAGUGA